AUGUCCUGGGAUACUUACUUCGACAAAACGUCACCCGAAGAAUAUCGUUUUUUAGACUUUUAUAAAUACCGUCAAGGGCAAGAGGAUUUCACGUUUUCUUUUCAGAAGGAGGCUAACAUACUCCGAAAAAGUCUAGAUCUUAUAUUGAAUGGUUCAAAAGAAGCUAAGAAUAAUGCCAAUCGGCUAAAGCAAAGCUUUGAGGCAAAUAUAACAGCAGAAACUUUAAUAGAAAUUGAGAAUAAUCUCGUCGAUACUACAAUCAAAACUAAGGAAAAAGAACUACACUUGGCGGAGAUUGGCGCUGCCUGUUCUGUAAUGAAUAGUACUACAACGGUACUUCAAAGCGCUAUUGAAAGAGUUGAUAUAACUUUGAAGGGUGCUGGAAAACGUCCACCAGAGUUGGUGAAUAACGAUUGUACUAAGAAGAUCAAACACAUUGAAGAUUCACCUACAUCUGCUAAUAAUGAAUUGGAAUACGAUUAUGAAGAAACUGAUACAGAUGUACCAUAUGAUGUCGAUGAAGCAAAUGAAAUUAAAUGUCUUACGGAGGGUGAGAUAAUAAUACGGGGACAAUUGCUUACAAUUUUAAAUCUAAUAAAAAAAGACGAUGUAAACUUAGGAAAAACCUAUAUGACCUCAGUGUGUCUUAAUCAAAUAAUAGAUUUUUCUGAUGUGGAGAUAAAAAAAUUAAUCGAAAAAUAUUUGAACAAUGAACAGCAAGAGUGGCUUUAUUCGGUAUUAAUGAAAAAAGUUUGGAAUCCAAGUGACGAUUACAAACAAUACAUUGAACAAUUUAAGGAAGGCAUGUGUAAUAGAACACAAGUUCCCAUAUUGGUUCGUAAAACUUUUGUAGAAGGAAGAUUCGACCCAUAUUUUAAUGAAGGACACGAUAUAGUACAACACAUAUUUACCCACUGGAUCGAGAUAACAACACCUAGCACAAAAAAGCGCAAAUUUGAUGGAGUAUUAAAAAUAGAAAGGGGAAAAGGCAGAAUAAUUAUAGCUAUUAUUGAAUUUUCUAAAGGAAUUCAGGCUUCUUUGACUAAGAAAGUCGAUGAUCAUGUUAAACUGUGCAGGAAUGCAAUGAGAAAUUUAAAUUGUUUGCUGCAAUCUGUUUCAAAAGAAAAGGCACGAAUUUAUUUGAUCCAAAGCGCCAACGGUUAUAUAAAGGUUGAAUAUCUGAUGCGGCCACUUCCAGGUGUAUAUAUUCUCGAUAAGUUCACAGAAAUUAAAAUACCAGAAAGUUUUGACGAGUUUGAAGCUUUUGCUGAGAAAUUUACCGAAUUAAUGAAUUUUCAGGCGGAUAUACUAUCAACAGUUAGAUCGGUUAACAAAUCAAUUCAAACAAAAGAAAAUAUUCAUAUUUUCACAACUUCAGUGAAAGAUACGCCCCAAAAAGACCCUCCAAAAAAGCAAGAAAUUAGCGAAUAUCAACCUUCUUCCCCUAGAUCUCCGUGCCCUGGUGAUUCAGAAUCACCGUUAAUAUAG